CCUGUUUUUCGGUGGGAAAGAAGAGACCUUUUUCCAAGAAAAAAAACAUUUUUGAGGCAGUUGAUUUUAUUUUUGGUCGAUUUUCUUUGUUGAUAUGAAUCUUGCACCUAAAAGCAUAUAUAAUUCCCGGUAUUCUCUCAAACAACACAUUACCAAAAGACCUCACUGGGAAGGCCCUGAUUUGUUUGAAAUAGUUUGUGCAAACUGCUGCCUUUGUUUUUUCUGGCUCGAACAACUUAAUGAAAGUCAGAAAGUAGUAUUUAUAAAUUAUAUUUUCAGAGGAAAAAAGAUGGGGCCUAAGCUUAGGUGAGCAGAUUGAUGAAGCAAAGCACUUCUGAACCUAUGAACAGACUUGGGUGAAGUGGAGGUUUUCUUAUUUCCUUCUCUUUAUAAUUAAUCUUGUGUUGCAGGUAUAACCGUAUAAGGAGUUUGUUUUUGGUCACUAAACAUUUAUGAAGAUAUUUUUGUGUUCCCAUGUAGACUUUUUACUCCUUUUUCUUUCUUGGUCACACUUUGGUUGGUAUCUAUUACUCCCUCCAUUCCCGGAAAGUAUGAACUAUUUUCUUAUUAGUCCAUCCAUGGAAUGUAUGAACUUUCUAAUUUUGGAAUAGUUAAACAACUUAUGCCAUUACCCCCUACACAUCAUUUUAUUUACAACUUAUGCCAUUACACUACACUUCUAAUGAUGUGGAGCCCACACUCCACUAACACUAUUUACACUACCUUUUAUUUCUCUCCCACUUUACCAAUUAUACAUUAAAACCUGGGCCGAACCAAAUAUUCAUACUCCUUCCAUCCGCCAUUUGAUGUCCCAUUUUUGACCGGCUCGGGUUUUAUGAAAUUGUUUGACUUUAUAAAAGAAAGUAGUAUAAAAAGUUAGUGGAAUGUGAAAUGAAGCAUUUAUUGGGGGAAGGGAACCAAAGGAAAUAUGAGACAUUUAAUGGCGGACGGAGGGAGUACUUUUCAGUGACGGUGGUACUAUUAACCUUCUCUGUUAAGUAUCAUAUCAAAUUAAUUUUGCUAAUUACACCUUCCAGGAAAGAGAGAAAUAAUCAAAAGCUAGCCCUUAGUAAUUGAGGAUAUAUGCUAUCUAUAUAUCCUCAUGAACUCCAUAACUAGUGUGUUCAGAUUUUUAGAUCUGUUUAAUCAGCUCUGAUGUACAUCCUACAUUCCUACUACAUGAAAAUUUUCUUGUUCAUGUCCACUUCAUGUAUUAGAAUUAUCAUAAAAAAUCAGAGCUGAUGAAACUCCUAAUCUUUGGUUAAACAUUAAUGAGUUUCUAUCCAUAGAGGCCAGAGUUGGCCAUGCUGGAAGGCACAGGUGGUUCUUUUUUCAGGCAUUUGCCCAGGGCCUACCCUACUGUGUAAUGCAUAAUAAAUUCCGUUAGGACUUAAGAAAAAUAUCGUUCACCUUCAGACUGUUUCUAAUUUUUAAAGUGAGCCACUAAGACUAAGAGUAAAUUACUGAUUGAGGUUGUUCUCUUUUAGCGGAAAUUCCACCUGUUUUUUACGAUUUAGUGUCAGUGUGCAAUCUUUCAAUAGAAUAGUAGAAUACAACAUCAAUCUUUUUAAAUGCACCAGGUGUUCGUGAAUGCCAAUGUUUUUAUGAAGUGAAAUUCUUUCCUGAUUGAAAUCUUUUUAAAAUUUAGCGCUAUUUUUUUUUGUUUUGUUACUGGAAAUUAAUUACUUUAUUUUGGUAUUGUUACAAUUAAAAGAUGGCUUUUUUAUUUUUCAUGAGAAAUAGACAGGCUUAAUGUAUUAUAAAAAUUUCCUUGGAACAUUUAAUAAGAUGCUGAGUUUGCAUAAGAAUUCCAGGCAAUGUUUUUGUUUCUAUAUGUGGCAGUUGAAAGCUAAGUAAUUACUACAUCCUAUAGUGAGAUAUUUACCAUAAUAAAUUUUGGGCAAAAACUAAUAAAUACUGGUUACUGUAGAUCUGUGGAUACAUGACAGCAGGAUUUUUGGCCCUCUCUCAUAAUGUCAUUAGCUUAUUAGUAUUCUCUUUUAGGCAUGUACCAAGUUUAAAUUUGGAGUAAAAAUAAUAUUUCAAAUUAUUGAUUUUCUUUAUCUUUGUAAAAAGGUGGAAAAUUCAGUUCUUUACUCAUCAUGAUUAAGUUAAGUCCUAUUAUUUAUUUAGACAGAUGGACUAGAACGGCCAGCCAGGUUUCUAGGUCCUUGUAAAGCAUCUCUUGCAUCAGAGCCAGAUAUGUAUCCACAUUUGAAUUGUUGUGAAGUAGCUUUUUCUGUAACUAACUCAGGAAGAAUUUCUUAUAUCUGCUACCAAAAUACAAUGUGCAUUUAAUACAGCCCCAUCAUUUCGACACCUGCUUUAAUUGUAGUCUGGGAUUUAGAAAAUUCCAUUUAUUAAAACAAAAAACAAAAUUGUGUUAUCAAGGUGGUCUAGAUUGUUCCUCCUCUCUAAUUUUCUUUGUUCUCAUUGAACUUGAGACAGAUUCAGAGAGAAAAAAAAUAUUAGGUCUUGCAAUCACUUAACCCUUUCUCUAGAUGUUGGCUGGAAAAAUUGAUAUGGAGACUUGUAAUUGAGAAGAUUUUUUAAUUAAUUCAGCUUACAACCAUGGGUAAGCACGCAAGGGGCAAAGGAAAGUCUAAGUCAACGAAGAAUGAGACAAACCAUACAACACCUAAAGCACCCGUCUCUAAGUAUGGUUUGCCACCAACUUCAAACAUCAAAGCUCGAGAAAGGGAACUGGAGGAAUGUCUUAUCCUAAAGCUUGAAGAUUUGUACACUAAAGCCAAAAAUCGGCUAUUGACAUUAGGGUAUGACAUGGCUGAAGUAGAAAGAGCAAUCUUGAAUGCUGGCUAUGUUCAUGGUCCAAAGGAUCUUCUGAACAAUGUUUUGACAAAUACAGUUUCUUUUAUUGAACAAAAAGUGAAGCCGCAAGGAAAAGGUUUUGGGGACAUGAAGGAGUUGUAUAAAGCCAUGCUACAUGCUCUGCUUGAUAAUGUCUUGCGUACUGAACCAAGGUUGCAAAGAUCAGAUGAGAUGCAAAGGUCAGAUGCAAUGUGGCUUCUUUUAACCAGAAAGUGGGGCUCUGUUCCAUCAACCAGCAUGCCAUCUCAUGACUUCGGGGGUGAUAAUGGCAAUGGAUGUACUAGUGAGAAAGCCCCAUUUGAAUUGAUUAUUGAAUCUCCGUCUAAGAGGGUUGGGCUUUUGGAAAGAAUCAUUAAUACGCCUGGAUUAGCAUCAAAAAUAAGACAAGAUUUUCCAAUUCUGAUGGCAUCUCUACAGAGGGAAAUGGGCACUACAUUCAUCAAGCAACAAGAUCUGGAAAAUGCAGUCUGUGAACCAAUAGAAGGUUCAAAUAUUAUGGAUGCUAGUACUCUCACACUCCUAGAGGAAGUAUGUGCCAAAUGGCAGGAAAACAGCCCUAAUGAUCCAAAGAUUGCAUUCAUUAUUGACUUGAUAAAAAGUAUUAGAGACCUAGAGGAAAAGGUGAAGGUGCAGAAGAAAUGGGCUCAAACAAAAGUUAUAGAUUCAGCAAAAAGGUUGAGUAAAGAUUUGCUGGAACUAAAAAUGUUGAAGCUGGAAAGAGUGCACUCGCAAGGCCUGAAAGAUAAGAACCUUUGUGCCGAAAAUGCAUACUCAUUGUUGGUCAUGGAGACUGAACAAACUUUGAGAAAUAUGAAUUGUGAAGCAAGUAGGGUGAGAGAAAUAGUUAGAACUCUAGAGCUCAGCAAAGCACACAUUAAGGCAGAUACAGAAGCACUAAGACUAAGUACAUCUGAGUAUGAAAGCGAUCUAAAUCGAGUACUAAACAGAGAAAUGAAACUCAUGAAAAAAGUCGCCGCGUUUGGAAAACAGAUUACCAGCCUCAGAGUUAAUAUUACUGAGGCGAAGCAGACGGUGUUACAGCUGCAGCACGAUAUUCUCCAAAUCGAGAAGGAAGCUAAGGAAGCUGAGGAAGGAUGGAAGCAGGAAGGCAGGGAGAAGGAGCAGACGAUUGCUCUCGAGGGCACGGAAGCUAGAAGGGCAGAGGCACAUAGAGCCUCUUUGAGACGGGAGCUGGCGGAACGUCGUCAAAAUGCUGAGAUUGCCUUGAGGGCGAAAAAGGAUGAUAUCCAGAGGCUCGAACAGGAGCUGUCUCGUGUGCAAAUGUUCUUUCAGAUGUCGGUUGUGUCAUUGGAGGGAGACAAAUUUUUAUACAAUGGUGUUGAGAUACCAUCUCUGGAGAAGAAUGCUCCUAGUCAGUCCUCGAGGCGCUGGACCUGUAUGAAAUGCUCUACCAAUGAUGUUUCUAUCCUUUUUCUGCCGUGCACCCACCAGGUGCUGUGCGCAUCCUGCCAUGAAGGGCGCACCAGCAGUUCGAUGGCUAAACAACGUUGCCUCUUCUGUGGUGCGGAUAUUGAGCAGAGCAUCAAGUGCUACGGCCCGACUUAGUAAUUUAUCGUGGUUGCAGAAUUUAAUAAAUAAACAGAAGUAUUUUCUCUGGUUUUCUGCUGGCAGUUUGGAUUGUGUUUGAUCAGAUAUUCUGCUUUCUCUUUCUGCAUUUUCUGUUGAACUUAUUAUGUUUGAAGUGUUUGAGGACUCAUAUACCUUUGCCUUAUUUCUUGAUUUUCAACCUUUUAUUAUUA